CGCGGGGAGCCCGGCCCCACGCGCCCCGCUCCGGGAUGAGCAACGCCGCCGCGUGCGCACCGCGCAACGGGGCCGAGGGACAGCUAGCCAGGCCGCCCCGCCCUGGCCCCGAGAUUGAUCUGCAGCCGUUACCGAGCCUUUUCAUGCUUCGCUUGGAUGGGAAUUAAUUCUGGGAUGGAUAAAUAAUGCAUUGAGGUUUGUGUAGUCCAAGGCAAGCCUUCGGUCGGGAGCAAGGAGAGGGAGCCAAGGGAGCCUCACCGGUAAAGCCUAGCAGCCAUGGGGGCCGAGCGAGGCAGGAGGGGCAACUGGGCAAGAGGAAGAGAAAAGGGAAGUGGAUGACAGCAUGAUCGGCACAAGGACGCUGGCCUGGCUGCUUCUGGAAUAUGCUGAGCCCAAAGAUCAGGCAAGCCAGGAGGGCUCGCUCCAAAAGCCUGGUGAUGGGGGAGCAGAGCCGGAGCCCUGGGCGGCCGCCCUGCCCCCACAGGCUGGGCCCCAUACUGAAGGAGGGCUGGCUGAAGAAGCAGAGGAGCAUCAUGAAGAACUGGCAGCAGCGCUGGUUCGUGCUGCGUGGGAAUCAGCUUUUCUACUUCAAGGACAAAGAUGAGACCAAGCCCCAGGGAUUUAUUUCUCUACAAGGGACCCGGGUGACGGAACUCCUUCCUGGCCCCGAGGACGCAGGGAAGCACCUCUUUGAGAUCAGCCCAGGUGGUGCCGGGGAGCGAGAGAAGGUGCCGGCCAACCCCGAGGCGCUCCUGCUCAUGGCCAGCUCCCAGCGUGACAUGGAGGACUGGGUGCAGGCCAUCCGCCGGGUCAUCUGGGCCCCGCUUGGCGGAGGUACUGCCCGUAGAUCGCAUGCUCACCCUCUAGAACCCUUGCCUUCAGGAAUCUUUGGGCAGCGCCUGGAGGACACGGUCCAUCACGAGCGGAAGUAUGGCCCCCGCCUGGCCCCCCUGCUGGUGGAGCAGUGUGUGGACUUCAUCCGGGAGCGUGGCCUCACCGAGGAGGGGCUCUUCCGCAUGCCGGGCCAGGCCAACCUGGUGAGGGACCUGCAGGAUUCCUUCGACUGUGGGGAGAAGCCGCUGUUUGACAGCUCAACAGACGUGCACACGGUGGCCUCCCUGUUGAAGCUGUACCUGCGGGAGCUCCCUGAGCCUGUGGUCCCCUUCGCCAGGUACGAGGACUUCCUCAGCUGUGCCCAGCUGCUCACCAAGGACGAGGGGGAGGGGACUCUGGAGUUGGCUAAACAAGUGAGCAGCCUUCCUCUGGCCAAUUACAACCUGCUCAGAUAUAUCUGCAAGUUUCUGGACGAAGUUCAGUCCCACUCAGAUGUUAACAAGAUGAGUGUCCAGAACCUGGCAACAGUUUUCGGACCUAACAUACUUCGGCCGCAGCUGGAAGACCCGGUAACCAUCAUGGAAGGCACGUCCCUGGUCCAGCACCUGAUGACCGUCCUGAUCCGCAAACACAGCCAACUCUUCACCUCGAGGGCUGAGGAAGGGCCAGCCUCCCCACAUGGGGGCCCACCGUGCACGGUGGAGUGGGGCUCCGAGGAGGCCCCGAGGGACGGCCAGCCAGAGCCCAGCAGCCCCAGCCCUCAGGGCCUGCCGUCACACAGGACCUCUUCUCUGGAUGGGGCCACUGUGGCAGCGCUGUCUAGAGCCUCCCCCAUGGGUCCGGGUGGCCGAGGCAGCCCUGUUGCCGCCAGCCCUGGGAAGAAGGUACAGACUCUGCCCAACUGGAAGUCUUCCUUCUGGCAGUCAGGGUCCCGGUCGGGGAGCCCGAAGGUGGGCAGCUCCUCCCUGGAGGUGCCCAUCAUCUCCUCUGGAGGGAACUGGCUCAUGAAUGGGCUGUCCUCCCUGCGCGGCCACCGCCGGGCCUCCUCGGGAGAGCGGCUCAAGGACUCAGGCUCUGCGCAGAGACUCUCUACCUAUGACAACGUACCCCCGUCCAGCGGCCUCUUUCCCAGCACUCCCAGUGUGGCCAGCACGGCGUGGUCGGGGGCCUCCUCUUGCGAGGCAUCAGCUGGGGGCUCUGUCAGCAGCUGCACAGCCUGCCGGGCCAGUGACUCGUCCGCCUGCAGCUCCCUGCCCACCGAGGGGGGCCUGGAGCCGUCCCCUUUCCCCAGCAGCAGCGAGGACCGCAGAUCCCCGGACCUGGGCCGCGGCCUGGACGAGGUGGGCACCUGCAUCAGCAGCAGCGAGCCCAGUGACCCAGGCAGCCCCACCCAGGACUAUGCCCGCUGCUCCGAGGCUCUCCAGGGCCUGGUCACAGAGCUCAGGGCGGAGCUGUGCCGGCAGAGGACUGAGUACGAGAUGAGUAUGAAAAGACUCGAAGAAGGUAGUGCCCACCUGAGGAAACGAAUGUCACAGCUAGAAGAAGAACUGGACCAGGAAAAGAAAAAGUACACGAUGCUGGAAAUAAAGCUGAGGAACUCGGAGCGGGCCCGGGAAGACGCGGAGAAGAGGAACCAGCUGCUGCAGAAGGAAAUGGAGGAGUUCUUCUCAACCCUGGGAAGCCUCACUGUUGGGGCAAAAGGUGACAAAGCCCCCAAGUGAAGGAGAGGGAGGAGCUCCCUUCCGCAGUGGUGCUUGCCCACCCCUGGGCAGAGACAGCCGGCGGCCUCGUGAGGAGCCACGAGGCCCCACAGCUUGGACCUGGGCCUCAGUGGUGCCAGGAGCUCCAGCACCGGCUGGUGGGAGAAGCCCUGACACCCCCAGGGGGACUGUUGGGAGCCCUAGCCCCACGUGGGAUCUGGAUGCUGCUCUGCCCGUGCAGGGCUGGGCAGGUGUCGGAGGAGACAGGCCAGUGACCCACCAAAUCAUGGCGCCUGGGAGCUGAGCGGCCUGCUGGGAACACUUUGCAAUCUGUAUUAAAUCUGCUCUCCUAGCAUGA